AUUUUGGGGAAGCUGGAAAGAGAUGAGAAGAUAAGGGUUAUUUACCUAGCAGGAGCCUGAGUUGACAACACCGCUGAGCAUGGCAUGGACUGCUCGGUCACAGGGUUAUGGCCACCACAGAGCAAGGCCACCCCACCAAACCCAUCUCCCUACAUGCAUGAGGUCUCUUCCCUUGAGAGGAGAUGGUUUAGGUGAUGAUUUUGUGGUUGGCUUUCCGCUUACUGGAGCAGAACAAACACUGUGCCCCACCCUGUGCUAUUCAAACCAGCCCACUCCAUGCCUCGAAGGUUCUUGAGGAAAAGGAAGAAAUUUGCAUUUGUACCUGCUCAGUGCCAUGGUAACUCAAUCCUUUCCCACCCAUGCUGUCAUCAACCAGGAAGAUUUAGCACUAGAGAAGGGCAGGAUUUAGGGACUGGAAUUUGUGUUCUCCUUUGCUGACGCACUGCCUUUGACUUUUCAGGGUGGGAUCACCUUUCUCUGGACCUCAGGACCUUAACUCCUCUCCUUCCCAGCAGUAACCAUAUCACAAACCACAGGGCAGGUAUGAUUUAAACGUUUGUUUGGUAAGGGAACAGUUUCUGCUCAAGGUCUCUUUCACCCAGCUGUGUUUUGUGGGGAAGCUAUAGAGUCCCACGGCAGUUCUGGGUGGAUGGGGACAAGUUUUAGUCCUUGGAAUGCCUCUGUUGGAGAUGGCUCUGCUGCUUUCCCCCUUCAGGGCAAGCACAGAUCUGGGGCCAUUUGCUGUGUGUUUUCUCAGUCCCAUUCCUGCCCGCUUGUGUCCUUCUUGCUGCGCUGCAGGACAGCAAACUGAAAUGUGUGGGAUGGGGAAGGAGAGCCCAGGGAGAGCCCGGUGUGUCUGAAACGGAGUGCUGUGUUAUGUGUGUUAUAUAUGUUACUACUACACCUGCACAAUAACCGGUGUGAGGGAGGACCCCUGAGCAUCCUCGGUGUCCCUGCCGAGCUGCAGCAGCUCUGCCCUGCCUGGCCUCUGCCGAGCCACGCCGAUUCCUUCUGGGGGCAGUGCUGGAUCUCUUCUCAGUCCUCAGCCUUUCCCAGGGGAUGCCCAGAAGUAAAUCCGAGCUGAUAAUCAUGUUUUGCAGAGGGCAGAGGUUCAGAGGCCCCUCGGGCUAAACGCGCUGGUUUACCGUGCCUCUUUUGUCCUUCCCAGCCAGCAACAGAGGAAAGAGUGUUCACUGCCUCGGGCAAUGCUCCCAGUCCCCCUGGCAGCCACCGUACGGCGCAACAAAUUCAAUUAGUAACAAUACCCGAAUCAUGAAAUACCGUCGGUGAUGAAUUGCAGGUUACUGCGCUGCAAGGAUCCCAGCAACAAACACCUCAGUGGCUACUGCAUGCCAUCCGGACUGGCCCAGGGAGGCUGAGCCGGUGCGAAUGAACCUGCUGAGGUGAGCAAACCCCGCAGGGAGCAGACUCUGCCUCUGAUGCACUUCCAGGUGUCCCCGGGCAGCCGGGAUGCUGACUCUGUGUCAGCCACCCAGGGAUUAAUCACCGCAGCUUGCGUGGGUGCACCUGGCACUGCUUCAGGGCCACCCUCCUCUCUUGGGGCAUUUUUUUUUCCUUACAAAAAUAAGCUGCCUUUCUCAUUUACUUCCUCUCUGCUCAUUGCCUCCAAGCCCCCCUGAUGUUGUCUUACAGUCUUUCCCCAGUUUUCCACUCUCCUCCCAUUUCUCACCCAUCUGAUGGCUCUGUUCACCCUCUCCAAGCCCUGUGCCUGUCCCAGGGCCAUGGUGACACACACAGAGUCCCGCCCUGGAGAUCUGCAUUCCCAGAGUCAGGACAUUACAGCUAAAAUGAACACGAGAGCAGCAGGAAAUUCCUCCCCCAUGUCAGCAUGUCCCAGGGGGUACAAUCCGCCGAUUCACCCUUGGGUGUAAUGUGCAGGGACAGCUUCGUGCUUCGGUCAGCAUCCAGGCUUGGCUCCACCUUUCCGACAGCAGAGGGUGCCCGGGAACCGGGAACGCUGUGCUGGGGAAUUGCCUGGGGCUGAACAGCUCCCCGAGGGUCUCACACAGCCGGGAAUUCUGUGUCAGCAUAAAAGACACCAGAGGCAGGCACUGCAGGCACUGCAGAUCGCAGGAAGUACCGAGUUACGCACAGGGCUUGGGGGGUUUUUUAUGCUCCAGAAAGGGAAAAGAGGUGAGAAAGGGAAUGUUUCCAGCCCUUUUGAGUUUCCUUGGUUUAUCAGAUUCCCGUUGCACAGUUUGUUGUGCAGUUCCUUGGAAAGCAGAAUUCUGUGGGUAUAGGCAGGGUGGAUGUGGGAUAGGGAUGGUGUCUGGGUCUGCUGCUGUCUUCCUAGUGACACUAGGGAGAGAUAUGAAUAAAUAAAUGUUUGGGGGAUUUUUUUAGUGAGGAAAAGCUGAGCUGUGAACACCCCUGGUAUUACUUUGAAAUCAGUCUCCAAACUGCUCUUAGCCAGCUCCACCGAGAGCAGGGUUAUCCCCCCAGGUCCUGCUCUGACAGGGCUGUGAGUGGAGGCCGUGGGGGCUUGUGCUGACCCCCUCCUCCCCGUCUGGCUACUGCUGCCCCUUGGGAUGGAAUAGCUGUGGAACACGGGAUUAUUGGGCAGACACAACCCGGCAGCCUGGCAGGACACGUAAACCUGCUGAACUGCUGCUGUGCGACCCCGUGCUGAGCCCAACACAGCGAUGCCGCUUCACUGGAGCUUUUAACGCGCCGUGGAGCUGGUGCGCGUCCCGGGGAGCGGAGGAUGCUCGGGAGCCAGGGGAAGCGCUGUGGAGCCUGGCUGGCUGCGCUGGCAUCGCCUCGGCGCUUCUCAGGUGUCCCGGAGCUGUGCGAGCCCAGCGGGGCCCUGCUGGCGGCUGCCCCACGGCCGUGCCCAUGCUCUGCACGCCCUGGGCACCCAUGCGCUGGCCCGGGGACCCCUCGGCACCAUGAAUGACCAGUACCACCGCGCCGCCCGGGACGGCUACCUGGACCUGCUGAAGGAGGCCACCAAGAAGGACCUGAACUCGCCGGACGAGGAUGGCAUGACCCCGACCCUGUGGGCCGCCUACCACGGCAACCUGGACGCCCUGCGCCUCAUCGUGAGCAGAGGGGGUGAUCCAGACAAAUGUGACAUCUGGGGGAACACCCCCCUCCACCUGGCAGCAGCCAAUGGCCACCUGAACUGCCUCUCCUUCCUCAUCUCCUUUGGGGCCAACAUCUGGUGCCUGGACAAUGACUACCACACCCCACUGGACAUGGCAGCCAUGAAGGGGCACAUGGAGUGUGUGCGGUACCUGGACUCGAUUGCUGCCAAGCAGAGCAACCUCAACCCCAAGCUGGUGAGCAAACUGAAGGACAAGGCCUUUCGGGAUGCGGAGAGGAGGAUUAAGGACUGCGUGAAGCUGCAGAAGAAGCACCACGAAAGGAUGGAGAAACGGUACAGAAAGGAGAUGUCAGAUAAUUCGGAUACCAUGAGCUUUUCCAGCUAUUCAAGCAGCACCUUAAGCAAGAAGUUCCAGCACAUGUCUAUGGUGACUUCCCUGCCAUACUCACAAGCCACCAUCCAUGGCACAGCCAAGGGGAAGACGAAAAUACAAAAGAAACUAGAGAAGAAGAAGCAGGUGGACGGGACAUUCAAGAUCUACGAGGACGGCAGGAAAAGCGUGCGCUCCCUGUCUGGCCUGCAGCUGGGCAACGACGUGAUGUUUGUGAAGCAGGGCACCUACGCCAGCCCCAAGGAGUGGACUCGCCGCAAUAUCCGAGACAUGUUCCUCACGGAGGAAGACACCGUCUCCCGUGCCAUAAGCGACCCAGGUCUGCACAUGGACUCGGCCCACUCGGAGGUCAGCACCGACUCCGGGCACGACUCCUUGUUCAACCGUCCCGGGCUGGGCACCAUGGUGUUCCGGCGCAACUACGUGAGCGGCGGGCUCUUCGGGAUCGGCCGCGAGGACGGGGCCGCGCUGGGCGAGGACGGCGCCGACGGCGCGGGCGUCAGACUGCGGAGCCGCCUGCAGCGCUCGCCAAGUCUCAACGACAGCAUUGGCAGUGCCAACAGCCUGCAGGAGAGGAACGCGGAGGAGCUGCCCUGGGAUGAGGUGGAGCUGGGCUUGGACGAUGAUGACGAACCAGACACAAGCCCCUUGGAAACUUUCCUGGCUUCCCUGCACAUGUUUGAAUUCAUCUCCAUCCUGAAGAAGGAAAAGAUUGACUUGGAGGCCCUCAUGCUGUGUUCAGACAAUGACCUGAAGAGCAUCAACAUCCCUUUGGGCCCCAGGAAAAAGAUUGUGGAUGCCAUCCAGAGGAGACGACAAACGCUGGAGAAGCCAGAUGUCAUUGUAGACACUGAACUGUAAGUAGGAGAUGGGGUGUCUGGGGGUUAAACCCUUCAGCAGGGGGAGAUAAGGAUAAUGUAAGGUCCUGUUUUCAACCUUUGGAAGAGUAGGAGUCCAGGUAACCUCAGCACUUCUGUGUGUAGGCAAAUUCCUGCUCGUGUGGAAAGGAUGAGAGUUUGGAGAGGUGGUAAUAACGUUAGUUCAUUACUCAACAACCUUAAUGUAACUGGGCAGGACGUGAAACCCUUGUUUUGUUUCAUAACCCAUCUGAAUGC